UGGGGCCCCACCUCUUAUCUCUACUUAUAAGGCUGCACUUCCUGAUGUAGCAGCAGUGCCGGUGACAUGACUGCAAUGCCUCUGCUGCCGCAAGUGCUGCUGCUGCUGCUCACCAGUGCAGAUGCUGUAUUCCGAUUUGCGUCCUAUUAUGGAGACCACAUGGUUCUGCAGCAGAAGCCAACCCAGGCGGUUGUGUGGGGGUAUGGAGAAGUGGGGGCCCUGGUGACAGUGUCACUUAUACAAGGAAUAGACACCAUCUCAAAGACGGCAGUGAAAGUCAAUGGUGAUGUUGGAAUCUGGAAGGUGUUGCUGGACCCUGUGGAUUAUGGGGGGCCUUAUCACUUGAUCGCCCAACAAACCUUCAAGCAAGAAGUUACAAGCAUCCACCUGGAUGACGUCCUGUUCGGUGAUGUCUGGAUUUGCGGGGGACAAAGUAAUAUGGAGAUGACCGUGUCCCAGAUUUUUAAUGCCAGUCAGGAGCUGGCACGAGGUGCACAUUACCCCUAUGUCCGGCUAUUCACCACCUCACUAGAAACAUCAGAUACAGAACUGCUAGACCUUGCCAAGGUGGAUCUGGAGUGGUCGGUACCCACACCCAAAAACCUUGGAAGUGGUGAUUUCACAUAUUUUUCUGCGGUCUGCUGGAUCUUUGGACGACAUUUGGCGCGAAAGUUGAAGUAUCCAAUAGGGUUGGUGGAAUCGGUGUGGGGAGGAACGCCGGUCGAAGCUUGGUCAUCAAAAACAGCGCUUUCCAAAUGUGGGCUUUCUGAGACCCCCAAAGAGAUGAUCCAGAGAUAUGAGUUUACAGAUACAGUGACCGGUCCAUGUGACUACUCCGUGCUGUGGAACGCCAUGAUCCACCCCCUCCUGAACAUGACGAUAAAGGGAGCCAUAUGGUAUCAAGGGGAGCAGAACACUGGCAUGAACACCAAUCUCUAUAAUUGCACUUUCCCGGCUCUCAUCCAGGACUGGAGACGCUCCUUUCAUGAGGGGUCUAUGGGGCAAACAGACCCCAACUUCCCCUUUGGAUUCGUCCAGCUUAGCACAUGGCAGAAAACACCACCAAAUGAUAACUUCCCAGUAAUUAGAUGGCAUCAAACAGCAGACUACGGCUACGCGCCGAACCCCAAGAUGCCCAAUACAUUCAUGGCUGUGGCCAUGGACCUUGGGGAUGAGACGUCUCCUUAUGGAAGUAUUCACCCACGGGAUAAGCAGACUGUGGCGUUCAGACUGUAUUUGGGGGCACGGGCCAUCGCAUAUGGUGAUCAACGUGUCCCUUUCCAGGGUCCAUUUCCAGAGACGAUUGACAUCUAUUACAACUAUUCAUACAUGAACAUAACCUACAACCAGGAGCUGCUCAUCACCCAUGCCUGUGACCACAUUUUUGAGGUAUUUUGCAGCAAUGGGGUCAAUGUGAAAGGAAAAUCUCAAUACACCUGGGUCCCGGCUCCAGCAGAGUCACCAUCCUCUAAAGUAGUCACAGUCACAUUCAAAGGAUGCAGUCACAUCUCUGCGGUCCGUUACGCCUGGUCCGAUUGGCCCUGUGAAUACAAACAGUGUCCAAUAUACAGUGUCCAUGGGAGGCUCCCGGCACCGCUCUUCAUCAAGUACUUCAACUGAUGCCUUUUUUUUUUUUUUGGGAAGGGUGGGGGGUCUCAGCAAAUUUAUUUUUUCAUCUUUUUUUUAAUUCUUAAAUGUGUAAUUUAGGGAAUAAUGAAAGCCUUGAAAGAUCUGCUGGAAGCAGUGGGUGCACACAAUGACAACUAUGCAGAUUACUAAUAAUUCUAUUGAAAGGAUAGGUCUGAUGGCUAGCCUGUUCACGCCACUCAGACCAGUGCCCCUCUGCUUUUGUGGCUGCACCGUGUAGCUUUCACCUUGAACUGAUCUUCGAUAAUUAAUAAACGGAUUAAAUAAAGGUUGCUGGACAGGUCA